UUCCUUCUUCCUUUUGGGAUCCAGUGAAUUUACAGUUAUGUUGAAGAAGUGUGCAUCACUCGCCGCAUUUCGGAUCAAGGUAUGUGUCCUCGGGGCUGUAAGCGCAGUCGCUCGCGCGCUUGGUGAUGGCAGGCCAAAUGUCACACAUUUGCUUGAUGUGCCACAGUCCCAAGAAGCCUGAGCUGGUGCCGAAUGCCAACGCAUGCCACAGCCUCCCGCCCAAAAGCAAGGAGUCCGAGUCAAAACUCGCAGAGUUUGGCGGAUUGGUGCAAAAUGUCCAGAGCACUUCCAAGCCGGAGGAGAUUUUGUUUGAGUAUCCCGAUCCUUUGCCAGACACUCCUGGCAUCCGAUUUGUCCCAGUCUCCGUGCACAACCAGAAAGGCCGCAAGAAGAAUGUGACGUUUCAUUCUCAAGUAGAGCUUUGGAGUCCUCCGGAGCAAGAAGAGGUUCGCACCUCAGGGCUCUUUCGACUCUUCAACGCUGUUUCUGGUGGAGGGGCCUUGGGCAGAGGGGUGCCAGGCAGCCGGAUGGAGCACUUGAAGCAGCGAAAACUCAAUGCGUGGACCUGGGUGCAGAACAUGCAGAAUACCACCUACGUCUCAGAGACUUCGACCGUCUCAGAGCUCUCUGGCGAUUUGGAGUUCAUCAAGUGCCAUUAGAUGGAGGUCGUUGUGCUGGUUUCGAUGCCAUGGAUGCUGGUUGGCGCCGUCAUCCUGCCGCUUUCAGAUUAUAUUCCUAUAUUCCUUCUGGAUGCUUGACAGCCAAGUUCAGCAAAGAGGUUAUGUUCCCCGUUGGAGUCAAGGUCAUUCACCACCCCUAAGACUGGAGACUCCAGAACACAUGGGCUAUUCACGAAAGGUUGCCUCGGGCGACCUGAGUUCAAUGUAGCUUAUAGGAUCCUCAUCCUAACACACGAGUUUGCUAAACCCUAUCCAUCUCAGCUUCGAUGUGGGACAUGACACAUGCCAUGGUUCCUCAGCUUGAGUGGAGCUCGCAGGGGCCGGGGACAUUGUUCCUCCAACUCUUGGACUCACUGCGAUCAUAUCCUUUUGAGUCCACUUUCGAGUGGAUCUUUCCACGCUUCGGCUGUCCUGUUGUGGUCUGAAAGCCCAUGCGGGUUCCAGUCCUGGUCACUUGAGCUCAGUGGUCAGAUCAUGUCAUUGGACCCUCCCGGACAUGCUCCGUCCCGGACGUCUGUCGGUGUCCACUGGAGCUUCCAGGACCGGAAUCCCACACGAAAACGACGAAGAGAUGGUCGUGAAGCUGUUGCAUCGAAUGUUGGAUUUGAACGGUUCAUUUUCUUGGAUCCCUGAUGCUCAUUUGGGCUAACCGGCUAACCAUGGCUUGUGGCUCAGGUUCUGCAAGACCGGCGGCAAGCUCACCUUGAACUGCUUGAGUUGCUUGAGUGUGCUUCCCCAAGUCUAAUUAAAGGUGCGGUGGGCAGCUGCUGUACUAACAACA